UGAUAAAGUCUAUGUAUAUUUAAAGAAAGAUACGCAUUGAAGAAAAGCUAUAACACCAAAAGAACAUUUAGCAGUUUGCUUAAGGUAUUUAGCGACGGGAGAUUCUUUACAUACAAUAUCUUUCAGUUACCGUUUGGGACAUAGCACAGUACAACAAAUUGUAAACGAUACUUGUAGGAUUAUAUGUGAUGUUUUGUUGGCUGAAAUGAUGCCAAAUCCUACAGAAGAUAUGUGGAAAUCUAUUGCUAAUGACUACAAUACAAUUUGGAACUUCCCGAAUUGCGUAGGUGCGUUGGAUGGCAAACAUAUUAACAUUCAAGCUCCUCCAAAUAGUGGGUCGAUGUACUUUAAUUAUAAGAAGAUGUUCUCAGUCGUCUUGAUGGCCCUCGUUGAUGCUAAGUACAAUUUUAUUGCUGUCGAUGUUGGCACAUACGACAAAAGUAGCGAUGGUGAAAUUUUCACACAUUGUAAUUUAGGUAAAGCUCUUGAGCGAGACAAACUACAAAUACCACAAAGUGCAAAGUUACCUAACACAUCUACUGAAGUUCCAUACGUAAUUGUAGGGGACGAAACAUUCCCCUUAAAAACAUAUUUAAUGCGACCAUACCCACGACAAUAUUUGGAUGUUUCUAAACGUAUUUUUAAUUACCGUUUAAGCCGUGCUAGGAGAGUGGUUGAAAAUACAUUUGGAAUAUUAUCUCAGAAAUUUAGAAUUUACAAUAGGAGGAUUCAAGCAAUCCCAAAAAAUAUAGAUAACAUAAUACAUGCCACCUGUAUAUUGCAUAAUUUUAUUAAAAAAUAUGAUACUAACACCUACAGUUACGAAAGGAAUGAAAGUAACAUUGAUGGACCAAAUGAUAAAGUACUGGAAAACUUACCUAUGCAAGGUGGUAAUGCUACAAAGGAUGCAUUUCAUGUAAGAGAAAAAUUUAAGGAUUAUUUCAAUUCAGAGUUUGGAUCUGUUUCGUGGCAAGAUGGGAUAAUUUAGAAUUAACUAUAUGGAUUUUAAUUACUUUAGAA